AUGAAGAUGACUUUAAAAAAAACUUGGUAUAGAAGGGUGAUUGAGAUUGAUGGAUUGCAAAUGUGGCUACAGAAAUGGUCGCCGGACUUCAAGCCGGAGGAAGAUCUCCCAACAGCCUUAGCUUGGGUGCUCCUUCCAGGUUUGCCUUUUCAUCUUCAUACUUGGCAAUAUUUGAAACAAAUUGUAAGUCAUGUGGGAAUUCCAUUAACUCUAGAUGUUGCUACUGCGAAUAAAACUAGGCCAAGUAUGGCUAAAGUUAGAGUAGAAAUGGAUUUGAGGAAACCACAAAUUGAUCAAGUUUGGAUUGGGAUGGAAUAUGAGGACUCACCCCUAAAAGGAUUCUAUCAAAACAUUGAGUAUGAAGGAGCCCCAAAGUAUUGUAAACAUUGCAAAAAUUUAGGGCACAAUGUGUUGGAAUGCAGAGUCUUAGAAAGAAUGAAUCAGAAGAAGGAACAAGAAAAAAUUGUGAAGGCCAAGGACAGAGUUGAGGAGAUUGGAACUAUUUUAGAUGGAAAUAAAAAGAAUACUCAGAUUAUGAAUGGAGAAAAUGAUAAAAAAAAAAAAAAAGGCGACAAUGAUAAACAGCAUGAUAAGAAGGACAUAAACAAAGAAAAUGAUGAAGCUCAACAACAAACAGGUCAGAAAAAAGAAACUAUUGGAACUGAUCCUAAGACACAAAUGAUUGAGAAAGAAAAGGAUCAGGAAGGGACAACAAAGAGAAGAUUUAAGAACAAGGCAAAAAAGAAAACAGAAAAGAAGAUCCCAAAAAAAGAAGAAUAA